AUGUCGAGAAUUCCGCUGCUUCGAACCGACCCAGAGAACGAAAUUGAAGAAUCAGACGUCGUUGAGUUGAAUCAAAUUGAAACUCUACCGUUAACUGCAGAAGAGUUAUCGCAAGCUACUUCCGGAGAUCCUUUAGUGAAGAACCUGGUUCAAGGUAUCAAAUAUGGCAAACUGGUAGAAGGGAAAGAUCGGUUUGGUAUCGAGCGAAACGAGUUUUCGCUACAAAAGGGUUGUCUCUUACGAGGGAUUCGUGUUUACGUGCCUGCUAGGUUGAGGAAGCGAGUUCUAGAUGAGCUACAUUCCACACAUUACGGGACUACCCGCACAAAAUCGCUCGCCCGUGGUUAUUGCUGGUGGAGUGGAAUCGAUCGCGAUAUUGAAGAAAUGGUGUCAAACUGCGCCGACUGCCAAAUAGUUAGAACAGAACCUGCAAAAAUGUCACUACACUGCUGGGAAACUCCAACUGAACCCUUCCAAAGAGUUCACGUUGAUUUUGCUGGUCCCUUCAUGGACACAUAUUUCUUCAUACUAGUUGACGCUUACAGUAAAUGGCCGGAAAUUAAAGUGUGCAAAUCAAUAACUGCUGAGAGUACGGUAAACAUGUGUCGUGAUAUUUUUAGUACUUUCGGUAUUCCGUCGGUACUCGUGAGCGACCACGGUGUCCAAUUUACUUCGGAAACGUUCCAGCUUUUCCUACGGAUGAAUGGUAUAGUCCAUAAAAUGGAGCACCGUACCACCCAGCAUCGAACGGACAAGCAGAGCGCUACGUUCAAACAAAACGAAAAUUCCUAA